AUGGUGCGACUAUGUAACAAAUCAUUAAAAUGGUGGUUGGUUUUCGAUUUUUCUCUCAUUUUUCUUACAUUUUUUUCGUUCAUUGUCCAAUCCAUUCAACUUCUUUCUUUCUUUCUUUCUUUCUUUCUUUCUUUUGUCGUCUUCAUUUCUUCGUUUGUAGAUUUUUCACUUAAACUUGAUUCUUUACCCCUUUUUUCUUCAUUUUCUUGUUUUUUCAUAAUUUCUUUCUUUCUUUCUUCUCUCUUCCUUUAUGCUUUCCCCUUUACAUUCAUUAUUUUACAUUUUCUGCUUGAUUCUUAUCUUUUUUUUCGAUUUUUAUUUUCUUUAAUUUUCUUCUUUUUUUAUUUUGUCCAAUCUUCAUGCGCUUUUUCCCUAACUCUUAAUUGUAUUUCUUUCCCUAGAUUGUCUCUUCAUUUUUCCUUCUUGUUUGCUUGUAUCCCGCGUGCUUUAUCUAUCUAUCUAUCUAUCUAUCUAUCUAUCUAUCUAUCUCUGAAUCCUAAGAAUGAAGACAAAAUAGCGUGUAAUCCAAUUACAUAUGCUCAGUUAAAGCAAAUCAAGCAAAAUUUACUGCCCACUCAUCUAUCUAUCUAUCUAUCUAUCUAUCUAUCUAAGUUCAAUUCUAUUGUAUAUCUAUCUAUCUAUCUAUCUAUGUGA